AUGAGGUUGCAAGAACUUCAAGAUGCUAUAAACAAACUUCCAUUGAGGCAUCCAAUCGACGUCAAAUUGUAUUGGAGAGCAUCAGAGUUAGGUCAGAAGGUUUUAUAUGAAACAGGUUGCUUUGACGAUGUUUAUGAGAUAACAGGCGAGGUUUCUCAGAAGAUAAGAGACUCGCUUGAAUUUCCAAAAACUGGUCCGAUUGGAUGCGAUAAGUUCGACUCAGAUGAAAAAAUAUACUAUGUCGACCUUAACGCCGCAUACAUGAGGUUCGUCCAAUAUAUCCCGACUGGAAUUCCAAACGAAGAUGGUGAGUUCCCAGGAAGGAACUAUACAGUUGGAAAAGUCAUACAACAACUGUAUGAUAUUAGGAAAGCUUCAAACCCCAAACUUGCAAUGACAUUAAAAUUGCUUAUGAAUUCGACAUGGGGGUAUUCCAUUAAAAAACCUCAAGAGAUGAAGAGUAAACAUUAUGAGAAGGUCGACAACUUUGUUGAAAGGUUCUCCCCCUUUGUUUUGAAAUACGAGUUCACCGAAGGUCAAGGUGGCUUAGUAACCACAGUAAAACCUAUUGUCGAACAUUGGUCUUAUCCUCAGUUCGCAAAGGCAGUCCUUGACGAGUACAACAAAUUCUUCUCCGAAGUCAAAUCCAAAGUCAAGGUUUACUAUGAGAACAUCGACGCACUCAUGACGAACGAAGAAGGAUACAACAAACUCAUUGAAAUGGGAAUGGUCGGUGAAAAGAUGGGCUGUUUUAAGCUAGAUAAGGUAUUUUCAGAAGUUCAUGUAAUAUCGAAAAGGAAAUAUUGGGGCAUACUUGAAGACGGCACAGAAAUAAAACAUUGCAUGAAAUAA